AGAUGCGAAAGAAGCAGGGUUGUCGCCACAUCUACAGUCAUCGAGGUUGACUCCCUCAAAAGGAUUGGAGGCAAAUUCCAUUUCGAAGUCAUUUUCAUGCCUCAUCGUUGUUGAUAGCCCAAGGCCUUGCCCAUGGUUUUCAUAUUCAAGGAAGUCGGAGAACACAACACGUCCAGCGUCUUCUAUGAGGUUGAUCACAGUGGUAAGAACAGUCAGCCACAAGAUGGAGACAGUGACUUGCAUGGUAACCGCAGUGACCACAACCAAAACAGCAGCAAGUCAGAGCAAGCACACCACGUUCUUGAUGACGACGACGAUGAAUACCACCAAGACGACGAGCUGUCUCCAUCCUACAAGGAGAUUGUAGCGUCAUCCUUUUGGGUUCACAAGCUGCAACAUCGAUGUCCUCGUCUUUUCUACAUUACAACCGAACUGGUCAUUCCACUUCUCAUCUUGAUUGGAAUGUCCUUUCUGUUUGGAUGGUGCCUGGCAAAGUUCGAGAUGGUGGGAGAAAUUGAAGCCAAUGAUCAAUCUAUCGGAGAGAAUCUCUUUCUCUAUAUUUUCCAUUCUUUGGAACGGAUAUCGCUUUGGGUAGGCAUGGGAGAUGCUGCCUCGCAGUGUUUGGGAUCCCUUACGGAAAACCAUGAAAAUAUGACGGUAUUGGAACAGAGCUUUCCCAAUCUGAACGAAUCCAUGUUCGAUUGUGCCGUCAACGAAGGAUCUACCAAGUUCGUACCUCUGGAGCCCAUUGACUUUUUGGUGGGAGGUGGAGUGAGUUUGACCUUUGAUUGGAUGACAUGCCCCGACAACAUUGAGCACGACGAAAGUUCCAACAACCAAACUGGUUUUCUCAACUUUUCGGAACCAGUUUUUGAACGGUUGGGGUUGAAUCCAAAGGAUCAGCAUGAUCGGCAAUUCUUGGCAUAUAUAAUCAACUUCUACGAUGACUUCCAAAAGGUUGUCGAGCAGUCUGACUAUUCCCCGGAAGAAGUUCUGUUUGACUUUGGACUGCUCUUGAACUUCACAAAGGAAGCCACUGGAUCAAAAGAUUGCAAGGUUCAUCUUGCUGGUGGGGCUCUCUUUUGGUUUACCAUCAUGACAACAAUUGGUUAUGGAAAUACAGCCCCUUCAACCAAUGAAGGCCGACUCCUUGUAUACACGUGUGGCUUUUUGACUAUCCUUGGCUUUGUGGCACUCAACAACACAGCUGCAAAUGUUUGGAAGAAUCUGAUUGAGGACGCUUUCCUCCGCUUGAAUUGGAAGCGUCUUGUGCACGGUCCAAUUUGUGUGUUGUUUUGGUUGUGCACAACAAUCUUGUGGAUGCUUGUAUUGGCAUUAUCCAUUCAAAAGUACAGGAGAAAUCGUAUUGGAGAUGAUUUCCCGCUGUCGGAUGCGUAUUGGUUUAGUUAUAUUACAACGACAACAGUUGGCUUUGGAGAUAUUCACAUUUCCCAUGAAGAGUUCAAAGUUGUGGACAUGUUCUUUGUUCCCUUGUUGGUGCUGAUGGGCUUUAACUUUCUAGGCAUCUUUGCAGAAAAGUUGGUGGAUUUGUACAAUGAGUGGUUCCCCGCAAAGAGCGGAUUUGGAAAGAUUUUGGCAGUACAACGUGGUCGCAGACAUCGUCAAAACAUGGACACAUCAUCUCCUCGUCGAAACAAUCGCGUGGAUGCGAAUGGAAAGUCCCAUCAAGUUCGUAGCAGCAAGGAGAGAUCUGUGCACUUUGAUGAGCUGUCCACAAGAGAACGCCCUCGAGAGCCUCUUGUGGAGAUAGAUUGCUAG